ACUGGUGAUGUGCUACGUGAACUUAUACUGUGAUGAGGUCAUACUUUAAUCAAUUAAAUAUGAAAAAAACAAGUGAAUAAAUUAUAAGAUGGAAGCGUCGUGUAAAGCGGGAUGUGAAGAUCCGAAAUCCAAACCGAUCGGGGAAAUGAUUAAAAAAACAGUGACCACAUUCGCGAGGAACUUGUCCAAAGAUGAGAACAAAUCGUAUAAAACCUCCGAAAGUGAGAACGGCUCGGAAAAUCGGGAAAACAGAGAGGAAGUGAGUAAAAUGUCCAAAGUCGCAAGGGCCCGUUACUAUUCGAAAAGUGAGGAGUGUCUAGUGAAAGCAUGCGGCGAAUUUCGGAGAAAUUUUAGCGACACGCGAUUAAGCGAACGCACAAGAGGUACAGAACGUAUAGAACGUUUAGAAAGUCAAUAUAUCCCUCAAGCCGUUUCUGGAUAUGUCUCUGAUGGACCGGAUCAAGUCGAGCUGAGAAAAAUCAGCCCAUCGAACUUACGACGUGCGAUAUCGAAGAGGGUCAGGGAUUCGAUGAGGAUCGUGAGGCGAAUGAGACCGAAAAGUGAAAACGACGUUAAACCCGAUGUUUCAGAUAAGAAGACUCUGUUACCUAAAACGAAAUUUUCCAAACAAAUUUCUCUUGCAACUAUGGAUGCUAAUACUCGGCAAACGUCAGCGGAAAUCAACUCUACUUUGCAACCACCAGCCCCUCUAGUCGUAGAGGAUCCACCGAGCACAGAAGACGAACCUUUACAUGAUUUAAGGAACCAAAAUUCCGGGUUCCUUAAUGGGUCGUCGGGGAACUUCGGAGGAAGCGGCGGCCCCCGUUCAGCCCCCGUCACGCCCCAGGGCGGACAGCUGGGGGGCGCCCCUCCCGGGGGGCUGCCCGACUCCCUUGUCAUUCCCGCGCCGACGAUACAGCGCAGCCCCAGUCACUCGCACUUCUCAAAAACCGAUAAGUCGAAUUUAAAACAUCUGAGUACCAGCGCUCCCACGAUGACAGCUCAAGGUCACCUGACGGAACCGCCCAGUCCCAAGGCCAUAAAAGACCCGAAGGUGCACACCACCUCCAAAGCGCGCCAAAAGAAAUUCCUCCGUCACUUUCCGAACGUGGAGGAGGAGGAAAAAGUGCUCAAUCACUACUCGUGCGCCCUCAUCGGCGACAUUUUGCUCCAGGGCCACCUCUACAUCACCAAAAACUACUUCGCCUUUUAUUCGAACGUUUUUGGUUACGUCACCAAGCUGCUAAUUCCGAUACUGACGGUGGAGGAGAUAACGAAAGAGAAAACGGCCAGAAUUAUACCGAACGCGGUGGGGAUCACGACUAGCGAGGACAAACACAUUUUUGGCAGUUUAAUGUCCCGGGACAGCACGUUGGCUUAUAUGAAAACUGUGUGGGAAAAAGCGAAACGUGAGGAGGUCCUACCCGACCCAGAAAUUGUCGAAGUGGAUCAGGACUCAUCGGAAUCCGGUGAAAGUGGACGAGAAUCUCCGACCCCCGAUGCCAAACCAUCCACGGAUGUGUUGGCCAGUGCCAAAUUCGAUAGGAUUCGCAAAGAAAGUGUGCGAAACCAAACUGAAGAAAGAAAAGGUUCGAAAGGGUUCGUGCGAACCCUCAAGGAUGCCAUCACGGAAUUCCGGAAGUUGCCGCGGCAGGGCCUAAUUUUAGUUGCCACGACGUUUCUGUUGAUCCUGUUGUUUCUUUCCGCGGCGGUGCUCCUUUACCGGAUAAACAAAAUCCAAAACAAGUAUUCCAUAUCGUUACAAGGCAACUCUUUUCCAUCCACCUCCGAAGACAUUUACAGCGAUUUGUUGCAGUGGCAAACCCAUUUGCAUUCCAAGUCUGCGGACGCUGUCAAUAAUUUUUUAGAUAAUAAUUUAGAUCAAAUUGCCAAGGUCAGGCAAUCUUUGGAGGCACUCACUGCUCUUUUAAUGGGCCAAAACAGUCAGGAGGGGACUCAGAAGGCUGCCGAGCCAUCAGAACAGAAAUCUUCUGAACCAGCCCGGAUUAUUAGGAGUGAAAGUUAGCAGAAUUGAAGACUGGUAAUAUAGAGUUACGAGAAAGGGAGUGUUUCUUGUAUAUAUUCUAUAAUCUGGGGGUGUUAAAACGCCACGUUUUAUUGCCAUUUCUUUAGGUUUAGGACGGUUAGGUUUUAUUUUAGUUGAGACAGCCAAAAGUUUACACUAGUUUGUUAAAGCGUUACGAUAUUCUAAAUCUGUUCGGUUCACUUUUCUUCUUAGGCGCCAAUCAGUAUUUUUUCAUCAAAUUGAAAUAGUUUUUUAGUAAAUCGAGAGACAAUUAAUUGAAAGACAGUAGCCAGUAGACGUAGCAUUCCAAUUUUAAUAACUAAGUGUUAACUUUUCACAGUUUGCUCACUCUAGAGGUGACCCCUUUUUAAAAUUAAGCUACCCGGAAAGCUCAAUGGUAAGUACAAGUUUAUAUACUGGUAUUAUUUAGAAAAUGUUAAUAAACAUUAGGCGAACAGUCGGUGAUUAUUAAAAAAGAUUUUUUUUUGCGUUAUUGUAUGGUGAAGGUCCUGUUGCGUUUUAUUUUUUGUAUUAAAUACAGCAACUGUCUACGCAGGAUGAUAUAUGCAAGCUGAAAGAGUAAAACAAAGUUUUUUCAAUGACAAGAAGUCUAUAUCACUCUGUAUAAAGUAGAGAGGGGUGGUGGUACUCUUGGGAAUUCCUAUCGAUUGAUUGUGGAGGAACUUGGCAACCUGCAAUCCAACUAUUUAAAAUAUUUUUAACCUUCGUCUUCCCACGUUAGAAAAGUUACGUAAGGUCCCAAGUGGGGUACAUUUGUACCCCAUCAUGAAAAUGAUACUACUGAUACAUUUACAUGUUUUUAAUUAUACAAAUACAUAAAAUAAACUUGUAAUUAACACUUUCCAAUUAACAAACUUCACUUUUACAUGGUGUUACGAAAUGUUGACACUCCUUGCAAAGUUGCCUAGAUUUGCGAUCUCUAUUUCGAUCGCAGAGAUAACAACGUCUACUCUUAAGUCUCUCAUUUUGGUUUUCAACUGGAGGAGACGUCAAGUCUGGAACAACAUCGCGCAUAUACUGCCUUAGCGUCUUGCUCAAGCGUCCUGAGUUAUUAUAUCUUCGUACCAUAUAUUCUUUUACCAAAGAUUCUCCUAACUGAAGCAAAAAAUAUCGUCGGUCGACCUUAAAUUUUUUAAUUUUUGGAUACUUGAUGUCCCAUAAAAUAAAAGAGUUCAGUGCCGCAAUAAUUGCCAUUGGCCAUCGAUUGCAAAUUCUGCGAGCAGAGUAUUGCUUUACCAUUUUAUCUGUGGUGUCUACAGCACCCUUUGUAUCAUUAUAAUGAAGUAUAAUAUAAGGUUUAUUCUUAUAUUUUUCAUCUGCAACAGUAUCAUCAUGAUGUUCCGUAGACAAUACGCUUUGCCUUUGCUAGGUGUAUAAGACACAAUAGUAUGUUCUUUGGUGAAUGCAAACAUACUAGAAAAUUCAGGUCUAAAUAAUUUGGGUUGCAACUCGUUUGGAAUGUAUGACUUAUUUUUUCUGAGGGUUCCACACGGGGUAAGUUUUUUUUCAGCAAGCUUAUCUGCCAGUAAUAGACUUGUAAAAAAAUGAUCAGUGGUUCAACAAGAUCCAGAACCACUCUCUCACCCUGAUUUUUUUCUGGUUUGUUAUUUAUUUUACCAAGAUAAACCUGUAAAUUUGCACUAUGCGAAUUUUUACUAUCCGCCAUUGCCCAAAUUUUAAGGCCAUAUUUAUCGGGCUUACUUUUCAUGUAAACUCGAAAAGGACAUCUCCCUCUAAAGGAAACAAGUUCCUCAUCUAUAGUAACAUGUGACCCAGGUGAAUAGGCCAUGAUACAAUUCUGAACAAACAAAUCAAAAGCUUCUCUAAUUGGCGUCAAUUUAUCGUUUAUCUUACGCUGAGGUCUAGUAGAAUAGUCGUCAAAUUGAAUAAAUGCUGUAAGCAACUGAAGGGUACAGGCAAAGAAGGUGCUAUGUCAAAAAAAUAAGUUUUGAGAAAAACGGCUUCAAACGUUUAAUACUCUAUGGUGUUUGUUUAUUGGGAAAAUAUAAAAGGUGAUAAAUUGUUUUAAUAAUGUAUUGGAGUAUUACCCUCUAGAGAGUCAAAAAAUGUAAAAGAACAUUUUUUACAAAAUCGCAAUUAUUAAAGAGAAAGAAGGUGUUUUGUCAAGCAACUACACUAUACUACUAUAACACAAACUACACUAAAUUUGAUAUUGUAAUAGUAAAACUUAAAGGCGAUCUGGCAAGGUUCUUCAGAUGCUGAGUGUUUUAUUUAUCCUAGAACCAAAAAAAAAAUUAGACCAAAAUCAUGACCGAAGAGCUGGUCAAGCUUACCGUAGUAAUCAAAACGCUUAAAGUUAACGUUGUCCGUUUUUCUUCUAUAAAUGAGGCAGAUGGUUAUAGUAGUCUUGAGCAGUUGAGCCACAAAAUAUCUUUAGCUCUUGGAGAUUUUUCCACUUUUCCUUACUUAUGGGUAUAGGCUCUAAAAGAAAAUAAAUUUCCGCUGUCACAAGGAUGUUCUAACAGUUAAAAUGUUUAUCUUACCUUUAUAUAAGUGAUCUGGCAGUUCAAAUUCGUUGGCUUCUAACUUUAUUUUAGUUUUAAAUUUGGGAUCAGUGAUAGCAGUAGUUUCCCAAGAACCAUUGUAGCUAUCUCGGUGAAGUAUCAUCCUUGGAUGUUCCUUUUCUAUUUUCAUUUCCCUAAUAGGCCUGGAAAGAAACGGACAUGUUCUUCUACAACGUUCUUUAAAGAAUGUCGUCCAGUAUCUGAAGUACGUUUGGUUAACGUUUACCACUUAAAAAGGAGAUGGUUUCUUUCUUGCCAUGCGGAAUACUUCUUGCCAUUGUUCUGGGAGUUCCACUCGUGUUUUUUGGUUUAUUAAUCCAAAGUCCUUAUCGCACUCCAUGUACGAAUGACUCCUUAUUGGAUAGGUAACCUUAAUCAAAUCCAGCUUUUUUUCUACAUGUACUACAUAGUGUAAAAAACGAAACAUAGUUCUGCCCUCUGCGCAGAAGUCGCAAAAUAUUUGUAGUUCACGAACUUCGAGAUUAAGAUAAUUAUGUAGAAAAUUAUGUAGCAAAGAGCAGACAUCAUCACUGCCUUUUUUCCAACUGUUUCAGGGUACAUGUAAAAUAUUCUUUGUGAUGUAGAAAGAACAUGGAUAUUGAAUGCAUAUACGUGGACAACUGCCGUUUAUAACAUAAGUCAUUCAAACUAAUAUUCGGAACCGGGAGGUUUUUUGCAAAAUCGAUGCAGAUUGCUUCCAUGGAGACCAAUUUUUGACGACUAUGUAAGUCAUGUCAUCGAUGAAUCGAGGAAUAAUUAAGAAGUAAAUAAUGUAUAAAAUAUUUUAGGAGACCAGUCAAGUUACUGUACAAAUACAAAAGAAAUGUUUAUUUUUGAAAGCACUGUAGACUUUUACUUAUUAAAUCGAAGUAGGAUGAAGUUGUUCUGCUUUCGUUUUGUGUAGCCUAAUCUGUAUGUUUAAUUGGUUUAUAAUCUGCCACUAAUGUACGGUAAGUCACAUUUUCUGUUUAGCCAUAAAUUAAGUCUUUCAGCUUCUAGACUUUUAAUCUUGGCUAAAUAUUCGUCGCAUUGACUACAUGUAUCAGAUCUAAGGUAUCCAAAGGAUAUGUUAAACUCAGUUGAAAAAAUGGUCCUAUAAGUUUCAUAUGACAUAUGUUCAUUUGGAAACUUUUCACAGAACAUAUUAAACAUUUUUUUGAUAUUAAGUUCUUCUGGUACAUAUAAUUUAGCCGAAUCAUGCAAGCUGUAAUGACUUUUACGACCUCUAAACGAUCCAAUAUGACUCUUUAUCGUAUGUCGUGUUUCAACAGAGAGGCACAAGCUCUCUGUUGGGCGAUUAGUGUGCUUACCUCUACGAUCUUUUGGUGCAUCUCCUGUUAGCUUCAAUGACUGCUGCAAUACUGCUAACUUUCUUUGACCUAUUCUAUGCAGAGCCAUAAAUCCCUUUUUACAUAUUUCAACAUCUUCGGCAUGCCCUUGCAUAUUAUUUACACUUCUUACACGGUAUCGGAAAGAAGCAUCGUGAAGAAAAGCAUCUUGUUCUUCUUGUCUGGGCCUUUGUUGUUUGAUAGGCAACGUUGUAAUCAGACCACACAAAUAUAUAUUUUGCUCAUCAACUGAGUUAAGAAGGUUAAAACUCUUUGAAUGAUUUUUUUACGAGACUCUUCCGGUACACGCUCAAAACAUUUGAAUCUUUUACACUUACACAGUCUUCACCUAUAGUAUGGCUCCUCAAAUUUAUUAACUUAUUUACGUCACUUAAUUUUCCAUAUUUCUUCCUUUUUUUAUUAUUUGUUUCUUUAGUCGGAAUGUCAUUAUCACCGAUUUCACCGUCAAUUACCUCCAUAACGUAAAGUUUUUUAUAAACACACGUGCACUGAAUAAAAGCCGUUUGUUUACUAAACAUGCCGGUAUUAAUUCGAUUGCAUCAGACCACGAGUAAAACUUGACAUAGCACUUUUUUCGCCGGGACCGUGCGGACUUCCACCUUUUUAGCCUGACUAGAUUACAAUAUGUUGUUAUACCUGACUAAGCACGUUCUUAGUCGUGAUUGAUUUAUAGAAUAGUAGUUUAGCUUGCUGGCUAUCAUAUGGCGCCAAAAUCUCAUUUUCUGUAAAAAUUGACAUAACACCUUCUUUGCCUGUACCCUUCAACUGAAAUCGAUUACUUGACAUACUUGCCGGAAUAAUAGGCCUAACCAUAACAUUUUUUUGGGCUCCUUGGUUGCUUGAAGCACUCCUUGGAUCAGCAGGAUUCCUAGGUACUCCUUGAUUUCCGUAGAAUCGGUAAGCUGCCAAGUUCGUUGCAAUUUAUGUGGAUAUUUUUCAUUCCAUUGUCUUCUUACCUAUAACAAAAUAAUUUUUAAUAAGUAACAGUAAAAUAAAGACAACUAAUAAUACUAAUAAAUGAUGUCAAAUAAAAUUUUAAAUAAGGUCAAUGAAAAAGGAAACUUACCUCUUCAGCUUUUCUAUUCGUUUGAACUACUAAUAUAUUCAAUAUAUUGUUUGAGAUGCACAGUAAAAAAGCUUCAAUUUCAGUGGUAAAAUUUGAUCUAUACGGAGUAAGACCUUGUUUAUUCUUUAUUAUAUCUUUAGCUCCUCUGCGUGUCUGAGGAUAGGGAACUUUUUACCACUGGGUACCAUCUUUAGAUUUAUAAAAUAGAUUUCCACCGUCCAUAGACUCUUGCUGUUCCUGCUCCACAGAUGUGCCUUGACUGUCACUAUCGCAUUCAAUAAGAUCCGACUCCUCGUUAUUUAUUUCCGGUUCCCCGUCACUUUCCUCAUCGUCAGACAAAAUUACGUCAAAUUUCAUCAUCGGAGUCUGCAUAUAAUAGCCGUUCUAAUUCGGCAUCACUAAGGCUUUUCGACAUUUUUGAUUAAAUUAAGAAAAAAGCGAAAUACCACAAAACUCGCAAAACUAACUGCUAAAAUAAAACACUUCAAUGGCUUUGAAAUAAAUAAAACAGUAAAUAAGUCUGCGCACACUGCAACGAUCACUCUAAUCAACUAAUGGUCUAUUUUUAGAAGCAGCGCGCGCCGGAUCGAAGUACAAAGCACCGCCAAGCUAGUAGGCGUGCAUUCCCACGUGGGGUAUAAAUGUACCCCAGGCUAUUCAAACAACUUUAUUUUUGAAAAAUCGAGAAAAAAAGUGGUUUAAGGCAGUAAAUAUUCUUCACAAAAAAUAAGCUUUUUUUGGGCAAAUAUGCAAGAAAAGAGAUGUAUGGGGUACAUUUGUAUCCCACCCGGGAAGACGAAGGUUAAAGUCUUCGCAGCUCCGAUCUUACGGGAAGUAAAUAUCGAUAUUUUUACAGUUCCUCGUAUGUUACUGUAUUAUUUUAACAUAAAGUUGAAAUAAAUGGAUAGAAAAUUGAAUUGACUUAAAUGGUUGGUUUGUUCCGACUUGAUCCAGAUGUACCAAUGUUGAAAUUUCUUCAUUUCUAUCAAUUUUAUCAAAAAAGUCAUAGAGCGAAAAUUGUUGACGAGAUUUCAAUUUGACAGAAUUUGAAAAAAAUUAAAAAUUUAACUUCGCCUAAUCUAAACACCCAAUGAAAUCCAUAUUAAUGAUUGCAUAUUUAAUACUGCAAGAUGUACAGUAGGACAAACCGCUUUCCAUGUUUCCCCAUAAUCUCUCCUGAUAAAGUCCUCAGAAGGCCACCCCUCUUUUAUAUAAAUAAAAUCUGGCAAAAAAUCCUCAAUAUACAAAAAAAAAACUUUUUGCCAGUCAUAAACUAUUAUAUCAAGUAAUUCUGAUUUAGGUGCAAAUAUCAAUAAAAUCAAUAGGAGAAUAAGGAGUAAUUUUAAGGUAAAUGAUGGACUGACAAUGAUGGGAUGAUUUUAUAUUUAUGGCGAAUGUGAGAGAAUUGUUAAAAAAAAAUAUUUUAUAUGUUAGUUAGGCACUCUUAAAGCUGCUGCUGGUUAGACGAGUUAAUAAUAAUUAAGUAUUUUUGUAGCCAGACAGGGUAACGAUUGUCCGUUUUAAAUGCACAUAGUUCGUUUAUAUUAUUUAUUUAUUUUUAGUGUUAGUGGUGUACUUAUUGAGGCCUUUGUUUUUAAUUAAUUAAAAAGGUUAUCAAUAUUAUGUUCCUCUGUAGAUGAUUAAAUAACCCCUUGGAAUGUUUAAUAAUGAAAUCGGGCAAUAGAGGUUCUAUUUGUUAUAAUUUUAUACCUAUUGUUUAAUAGAAGACCUGUGAUAUUUUGUUUUUGCUUGUAAUUAUUAUUAUAAAAUAAAUAGUCAUUCAAACAACAAA